CGCACACUGGAACGACCACAUAGACCACCACGACACCCUUCCCCACACCAGCAGUCGAGCUGAGCACGACACAAAGCCGGCUGGGGCCGCCUCGCCAUGGCGAUCCGGAUGAGCAACAACGUGAUCGGCGCGCUGAACCUGGUGACACUCCUGCUCUCGGUCCCCAUCCUCGUCUCGGGAAUCUGGCUGCGGUCGCGCGCCGACGGCACCGAGUGCGACCACCUCCUGUCCACCCCGGCCAUCGCGCUGGGCGCGGUGCUCAUGGCCGUCGCUGUCGCGGGCCUCGCCGGCGCCUGCUUCCGCGCCACCUGGCUGCUAUGGCUCUACCUCCUCGCCAUGCUCGUGUUCAUCGUCGCGCUGCUCUGCUUCACCGUCUUCGCCUUCGCCGUCACCAACAGGGGCGCCGGGGAGGCCGUGUCGGGGGUAGGCUACAGGGAGUACCGCCUCGGGGACUACUCCACCUGGCUGCGGCGCCACGUCGAAAGCCGCAAGGACUGGGCCCGGAUCCGGAGCUGCCUCGCCGACGCGCACGUCUGCAGGCGCCUGGAGGAGAGGGAGAGGGAGAGCAAGGACGCGGCGGGUCUGGUUCGGCUCGGCCUGUCCCCGGUCGAGUCCGGGUGCUGCAAGCCGCCCACGAGCUGCAACUUCACGUACACCGGCGGCACGGAGUGGACCAGGACAGCGGCGGGCUCCGCGCCCGCCGGCCGGGACUGCAGCGCGUGGGGCAACGACGAGGACGACCUCUGCUACGGGUGCCAGUCGUGCAAGGCCGGCGUGGUGGACGCGCUCAAGCGGGACUGGAAGCGGGCCGCCAUCGUCAACGUCGUCAUCCUCUCCUUCAUCGUCGUCGUUUACUCCGUCGGCUGCUGCGCCUUCAAGAACAGCCGCCGGGACAACUACGCCUACCACAGCGGCCGCGGAUGGAAACGAGGCGGUGACGCUUAAAUGCUUAAUCAAACUUUUCCUUAUCAUCUGCGUUAGUGCAAUUUACCAUUAUCUUGUAUAUUAGCCUGAGUUCGUGAUCUGCUUUAGUUCAGUUUACCAUUAGCUUGUAUAUUAUUAGCCUCAGUUUGUAUCACUUAGUUGUUUGGCAGCAUAUUAGCAGAAUUUCGGGCAGUAUAUGAGCAGAAUUUCGCUGCCUGGUCCAAUUUCCCAUAGACAAGUAUGCAGGCAAAAUUCAUUGUCAUUUGUUAGCGGUA